AUGUCCACGCAAAAUUGUUUAAUUGAUAAAGUUCUGCAAGAGCUAAGAACAAGCCGUAGUUCCAUGGAAAUGCAGUCACAGCAAAUGGCUGACGUCCUGGAGAAAUCCAAUAAUGCAUUACUUCAGAUAGAAGCAUCUCGCACAAUUAAACCCAUGCAAAACUAUGGGAAGUCUCAACCAUACACAUACAACAAAGAAACUAUCAAUGAUCUAACAAAAAUAGUUGAUAAGUUCACACAGUUGCUGAGUAUAUCGAAUACCGGUAAUACCACAGAUACAGGGACAAAUUUUGAAGACUAUCUGGAAACUGCAAGCCAAAGGGCUGAAUAUUUGGGCAGCAAUGUUCGGAAAUUAUUGGCCAUUUGGGAUACGGUGCAGCAAAUGAGAACUAUGCUAUUGCACCAGGACAUGGAAAUGGAUAACGACGAUGAUGACGAGGAAAAAGAAAAUAAUUAUGGCUAG